AACGCCCCGAGGACGGCGGCGGUACCUCGUCUGCGUCCUUCCCUCUGCCUGUGUGCUUCUGCCCCUGCCUGGCUCGCCCAUCAUGCUUCCCAGGCCGGCUGACGGGGCUUGGGUUCCGAGUGCUCCCCCGUGACUGUCUCCUGUGCUUUACACCCAUCCCGCCCGGUAGAAAUCCUCCUUACUCAUUCGCCUCGAGAACUUCACCUGAACUUCGGCACCUUGCCACCCCCGUUCUACAAACACACACUUUGCAUCCUUGCAGAGUGAACCUACAAGAUCUAAUACGUCCAGGGAAAAUGACCUUCAAUUCUAGAAAUAUAGUCGUAGACAUCUGGAAAACUGAGGCUGCUGUCAAAAACUUCAGCCCCUUUUACAGUCGCCAGUACUCUGUGGCUUUCUGCAACCACGUGCGCAGUGAAGUAGAACAGCAAAGAGACUUAACGUCACAGUUUUUGAAGACCAAGCCACCAUUGGAGCCUGGAACUGUUUUGUAUGAAGCAGAACUAACACAGUUUGCUGAAGAUAUAAAGAAAUGGAAGGAGAGAUAUGUCGUGGUUAAAAAUGAUUUUGCUGUGGAGAGCUAUGAGAACAAAGAGGCCUAUCAGAGAGGAACUGCUCCUAAAAGCCGAAUUCUUCCCGCUGGUGGCAAGGUGUUAACGUCAGAAGAUGAAUACAAUUUAUUAUCCGAUCGGCAUUUCCCAGACCCUCUUGCAUCGAAUGAGAAGGAGAACACUCAGCCCUUCGUGGUCCUGCCGAAGGAAUACCCAGUGUACCUGUGGCAGCCAUUCCUCAGACACGCCUACUUCUGCUUCCACGAGGCCCUUGACCAGAAGAAGUUCAGUGGUCUCCUGAGUGACUGCAUCAGACAUCUAAACCAUGAUUACAUGAAGCAGACAACAUUUGAAGCCCAAGCCUUUUUAGAAGCCGUGCAAUUCUUCCGACAGGAAAAGGGUCACUAUGGCUCAUGGGAAAUGAUCACUGGGGAUGAAAUCCAGGUCCUGAGUAACCUGGUGAUGGAGGAGCUCCUGCCAACCCUUCAGACAGACCUUCUACCUAAAAUGAAGGGGAAGAAGAACGACCGAAAGAGGGCCUGGUUCAGUCUCCUCGAGGAGGCGUACAACCUGGUUCAGCAUCAAGUUUCAGAAGGAUUAAGUGCCUUGAAGGAGGAAUGCAGAGCUCUGACGAAAGGCCUGGAAGGAACCAUCCGUUCGGACAUGGAUCAGAUUGUGAACUCAAAGAACUUUUUAACUGGAAAGAUCAAAGCGAUGGUGGCCGAACCAGUAGAGAAAAGCUGUGCGGAGAACGUGCAACCAUUCCUGGCGUCCAUUCUGGAGGAGCUUAUGGGACCAGUGAGCUCAGGAUUCAGUGAAGUGCGCUCACUCUUUGAAAAAGAAGUGGAUGAACUGAACCAGAACUUUCAGACCACUAAAGACAGUGCCCAGCUAAAGGAGCAUCUGGACCGGCUUAUGAAUCUUCCACUGGAUUCUGUGAAGAUGGAACCUUGUUAUGUUAAAGUCAGCCCGCUGCAGGAGCGCUUGCAGGACCUCAAGAACCGCUUCAGGUUCCCCCAUGUCAAUCUGGUGGUUCAGAGGACACAGAACUACAUGCAAGAGCUCAUGGAGAAUGCAGUAUUUACUUUUGAGCAGUUGCUUUCCCCGCAUCUCCAAGGAGAGGCCUCCAAAAUUACAGUCGCCAUCGAGAAGGUUAAGCUCCGAGUCUUAAAGCAAUAUGAUUAUGACAGCAGCACCAUCCGGAAGAGGAUAUUUCAAGAGGCACUGGUUCAAAUCACACUUCCCACCGUGCAGAAGGCACUGGCGUCCACGUGCAAACCGGAACUUCAGAAAUAUGAGCAGUUCAUCUUCGCAGAUCACACCAAUAUGAUCCAUGUUGAAAAUGUCUAUGAGGAGAUUUUAUAUCAGAUCCUCCUUGAUGAAACUCUGAAAGUGAUAAAGGAAGCUGCUAUCCUGAAGAAACAUAACUUAUUUGAAGACAACAUGGCCUUGCCCAGUGAGAGCGUGUCCAGCUUAACCGAUCUCAAAACCCCCGCAGGGUCAAACCAGGCCAGCCCUGCCAGGAGAGCCUCGGCUAUACUGCCAGGAGUUGCAGAUAAUGAGACCCUGAGUAACGAAGUGUUCCAGGAGUCAGAGGAAAAGAAGCAAUCUGGGGUCCCUAGUCUGUUGGCCAAAGAAGAAAGCCUUGCUUACCCAGGGGGGGAUGGGCAGGUGAUUAUUUCCAGCAUGAAUGACCCAGUUGUGAAUCCUGCAGCUGCAGAAGACACAGCAGGAGCCCUGAGCACACAAAAAUCUGAGUUGGCGUGUGGAGGGACCCCUGAGGAUGAAGAACCCACCCAUGAAAAGCCAGAAUCCAUCCCUGUCUCAGGCUCCCUAAAGGAGCUCAGAAAUUUGUUGACGGUGACCAUUGAAGUACCAGUGGAGCCUGCCACCCUCGCAAUUGAAAAAGAUACAAAUGAGGAGACCCUUACUCCCCAAGAAAUUGAAAAAGAAGAGGAAACCACCCAAAUCUACACAGAGGCCAAACAAGUAGCUGCCUCCAGUCGGGACAACUGUGAAGAAAGUGAAAUCAAGGAGGGGGAGGCCCGUUCUCCCCCUGUGGAGGCCCAGGCUGGUGGGGUGGAGCUGGGGGGAUUUGCAGAGGUUCAUCCAGCCUGCGGAGGGCCCAGCGAGGGUGCUAGAGGCCCAGACCCCACAGAGGAGCAAGCAGAGGCCAGGGAGCCCCCUGAGAGGGAGCUCCCAGAGAGCAAUUCCAGACUGGAUGCCCAGGAAGGGGGCGGGGCCGCGUGCGCGUGCGCUGUGGAGGGUGAGGCCGUGCAGCAAGGCGGCUGCAUGUUAAUUUCUGACCCUGUUGGCCCCAGUGAGAGCCAGGUCUCUGUGGAAGAAGUGGUAGGAGGGGAAAGCCAACCAACCGAUGCUGCUGCCAGUGUGGGUGCAGCGAAGAGUAAGGGUGCCCGUGUUCAUGAGUGUCAGUGGGUGGUCGAGAAUGUUCCCAACACCACCGACAUCCUCUGUCCACAGAAAGAGGAUGAGAGGGCGAGUCCCCCAGAGCAGCUCUCGAUAAGUGAAAGUGACAAUUAGGCAAAAGUAUUUCUUUGAACAAUGGCAGCCAAUGGAUUAGUUAUGGGUACACUUAGGGGGUGCAUGGUGAUUGUUACCAAAAAUAAGUUCAUUAAGUACGUUGUUAAUUUGUAGAAUGAAAUCAGAGGCAAUGCACACAGGGCGUGAGCACUGAGGCAAACCCGUUGUGGCAUUGAACUGUUCUACAAUGAAUUAUUGCUUUAGCAUUUUAAUAGGAAUUACAAAGGUAAUGGAUUGUUUGGGGAGAGAGGCAGCUGAGGGUGUUGCAUUGAGAAUGGAGAAAAACAGUAGGAGCAUGGUUUUCAAUACACUCUGCACCUUUUCUUCUAAUGCAUUUUAAGGCUUUUUAAUUCUCCAUAAGAAUGCAAGUGUAUACUGUAAAUCCAGUUUCACCAUCUACUCUACCCACUUCCUUGUCUCUUAGGGACACAGCAUUGGUCCAGUCAGGCUACCAGACAGUACAUAAAGGUGGUGACACUGGUCACCCCUGCUUCAAGGAGCCCCACAGGGUCUGAAAGAUCUCAGGGGAAGCUGAACAGAAAUGGAGGAAGGUUAUGGUCUGUGGGACUGUCUGGGCCUGUUACUAAUUCUGCUAUCAAUUUCUCAUUAGUUAAUCUUGUUGAUUCUUAUUAAUUAAUCGCCUUUUGGGAAAAUUCAUAUGAGGCAAGAAAAUUUCCCUGGCAUUCCAAAUUAGCUCUAGACAGUACAGAGAAAGAGCUU